AUGUCAGGUACGAGAACAGAGACGACUUACCAAACCACGCGAAUCACUCGCACCUACGCCAAACCCUUCGACAAAGUCCUCGAACGCCUCCACUCCAGCAUCAAAAAGCCCAGCGUCGGCGCAGGGGGCUUAAGCAUUCUCGACGAUUUAUCUUCCAAAGAAGCCUUCGAGUCAGUCACAAAUGCAGCUCUGGGACCGCAUGGGUUUAUGCAAUUUCAACAGUUCAAUCACGGCGAUUGGAUGUCUCUGUACGGCGUCAACAGAGGCAGAAAAGUCGUUAGGAUCAUUUUUGGAAAUCCUCAGAUCGCUAUUACGAUGAUACGGCAUGAUGUUGGCGCUGCUCUGUUUGUUCCUGUUGAGGUACUUAUUAUUGAGAGGGAGGAUGGGAAGACGGAUGUUGUACAAGUUAAGCCGAGUACGCUGAUUGCAGGCGCCGAGGGCUCAAGUGGAGAAUUAAAAACUGCGGCUGAGAUUCUGGAUGAUAAGUUGGAGAAGUUGUGGGAGUUUGUUGCAGAAUGA